GUCAGGGACUGAGAAGGACGGUCUAGCUAUCAAUUAAUUAAGCCUGCAUUAUUCAAUAAAUUUUCCUAUUAUCUAUGGCACGAUUAUAUUUUUUUUAAUAAUGAAUCUAUUUCCGAGCAAGUGGGAGAAAAAAGUAAUUUAUAAUAGAUGACGUAACACCCACGUCGACCGCUAGUCUGAAAGUUACGUGCGAACGGGCUUCCCGUCUGUGGAGGAAAAGUGGUUUUGUUUCAUGAAAACUUCAUGAAAAAUUGUUAAUAUGAUAUUGUGAAUUUUUAUUGGAUUUCUUAUUAUAUACAGUCGUAUGUGUGUUCACCUUUACUAAAAGUUAUACAAUUGAAGAUUACAGUAGCUAUUUGGAUCCUAAAUUUGGUCGAAACUCGAAAAGAAAAUGGGCAAGGAAACUGAAAAUGGUGGAUCCCAAAUAUUUGAGAUACAAAAAUCUGAAGAACUCGGGCGAUAUCUCGUGGCAGCACGGGACCUAGCUCCUGGUGAAGUGGUCAUCACGGAACUACCUCUGGUCUUCGGCCCUAAGGCCAUGUUUGACCCUGAAGCUACGAUGCCUUGCGUUGGAUGCUACAAACCAGUGUUUACUGAUGUUGGGGAAAGAUGUUCAAGAUGUGGCUGGCCGAUGUGCUCUGGCAACUGCCCGGGUCUCACAGACCCGCGUCACCACGGCAUGGAGUGCGACAUCCUCAGCGCUCGACCUGAAUGUGUCCUGGACAAUAUGGCGGAGUACUACAGACACGAUGCGUUGCUACCUCUCCGGUGCGUUCUCCUCCAAAACUCAAAUCCGGAAAAAUGGAAGCAACUCAUAGAAAUGCAGUCGCAUAUGGAGUACAGAACUCCUGGAUCGGAUCUUUAUGACGAAGCCGAUGAGUUCAUUGUUGAAUACUUGAUUAAUAACUUCAUAAAUAAACUUGAAGAUGGUAUGAAAAAGAAAUAUUUCAAAGAAGUUUCAAAGGAAUUACUACAUACAAUAUGUGGAAUCAUUGACACUAAUGCACUAGAAAUAAGACUGCCAGAUGGCUCUGAACUUAACGCUUUGUAUGCUACAACUUAUUUAUUAGAACAUAGUUGUAUACCAAACACGAAACACGUUUUUGGGCUCUUCUCGAAAGACAAAACUGAACUGUACAGAAUAACUCUGAAAGUCGUUGUUCCUAUAAUUAAAGGAAAUCAUAUUGCUACUAUGUAUAGUCAUGCCUUAUGGGGUACGCAAGCUAGGAGACAACACUUGAGAGAUACAAAGUACUUUUCAUGUAAAUGUCAAAGAUGUAGUGAUCCCACUGAGUUGGGUACUUAUUUAAGUGCUAUGAAAUGCUUCGGAGAUGACAAAGGACCUUGUGAUGGCAUACAUCUUCCCGAAGAUCCAUUGGAUGAUGAAACUGAUUGGGCUUGUAGCAAAUGCUCUGUCAAAGUUAAUAAUUCCCAAAUAAAUAUGCUUAUAUCUCAAAUGGGAGAGGAAGUUGAAAAUGUACAAAUGAUGGGUGGAUCUGUUAGCAUGCUAGAAAAUCUUUUAUGCAGAUUGUCAACAUUUCUACAUCCGAAUCAUUAUCAUCUUUAUUCUAUAAAACAUUCGCUUAUCCAACUGUAUGGUAGACAACCAAGUUAUAUGUCUGAGGAAAUUAUAGACAAAAAGAUCAGAAUUUGUAAAGACUUGAUUGCAAUUACAACAACUUUAGAUCCAGGGAACGCAAGAUUAAGCCUGUACAGUGCAGUUCUACAUCACGAAUUACAUUCAGCAUUACUUAUAUUAUCUAAAAAGGCUAAAAGCGAUGGGUCUUUAAAAACAGUUGAUGAAAUAAUUCCAUUGCUGAACGAAGCUAAAAUUUGUAUAGAUAAAGCAUUAGUUUCACUAAAAGAUGACAUUCAAGAGACGUCAGGAAAUAAACUGUACGAAGUAAUUGAAGAAAGUAAAAAGGAAUUUGUAAAGUACUGUAAAGAAAAAAAGGUUAACAUUUAACAACUUUAAUCAUUUUAAACAAAUAAUAAUUAAUAACAACAACACAAUAAUUUACGUUACUUAUAUAAAAAUAAUCAUAUUAUAAUAUCACAGUAGUUGCAUUAGUUGGAAAUAAAUAAAUAAAUUUAAA